AUGGCAUCCACAUCAACCAGACGAAUUCAAAAAGAACUUGGAGAUUUGAUGAAUUCACCUCCCAAGGGAAUUCAGGUAGUACCAGAUGAAGAUAAUUUUCAAAUUUGGACUAUCACCAUAACUGGACCUCCAAAUACACCUUAUCAUAAAGGUAAAUUCAAGUUGUCUGCCGAUUUCACUAAAGAUUAUCCAUUCAAACCUCCAGUGCUUCUUUUCAAAACUAAGAUGUAUCAUCCCAAUGUGGACAGCGAUGGCAACUUAUGUAUAGGUUUACUCAAGACUGAGAAUUGGAAACCUGCUACUAAGAUGUCAGGAGUCCUCCAAGCUAUAUACGAUUUGAUCGAAACUCCCAAUCCUGACGAUCCGCUCGUCUCGUCCAUCGCAGAACUAUACACCACGGAUCGAAAAGGUUUCGAAAAGAAGGCUGCUGAAUACACCAGCAAGUAUGCUACUUAA